AGAGCAUAAAGAGUUCCAGUAUAUAUACCUCCUUAUGCAAUUGAGGUCCAUCAGACUGUAGUCCUUCAGAAGAAACAGAAAAGAGUUUCUUAGAAAGAAAUGCUUAUACCAAUUAUACUUCUGCACUUGGCUGCUGUGGUGCAGCAAUCUCUAGAACAGGGUACAUUGAGUAAGAUUACUGCAGAGAAGCAGAAGGAAAUUCUUGACAAACACAAUGCCAUCAGGAGAGCGGUUCAGCCAACUGCCAGCAAUAUGAUGAAAAUGACAUGGAGUGAGAAAGCCACUGAGAGUGCCAAAAAAAGGGCUGAAAAAUGUACACCAAAUGUCAGACUUAAAGAGGAGCGAACUGUGGAUGGUAUUGUCUGUGGUGAGAAUGCAUUGCAAUCAUCAUCUUCCUACCCUUGGUCAAAAAUAAUCCAAAUGUGGCAGAAAAAAUCAUCCAACUUCCAGUAUGGUGUUGGGGCAAUUGGCCCUAAAAAAGAUAUAUAUAGCUAUACUCAGAUCAUUUGGCAUAAUUCACACCAGAUUGGAUGUGGACUUGCCUACUGUGAAUCAGGAAACUCCCCCAUGUACCUCUACGUCUGCCACUACUGCCCUAGGGGGAAUUUGAUACAACAAAUUGCAACACCAUACACAGAAGGUCUACCCUGUGGAGACUGUCCUAACAACUGUGAGGAUAAACUUUGCACUAAUCCAUGCACAUAUGUGGACUUGAAGACAGACUGUGAAGCUAUUAUAGAUUUGUUCUCAUGUGAUAUACCGGAAUUUGAACAACAGUGCCAAGCCACCUGUAAAUGCAAGACAGAAAUGGAUAUAGAUUAA